AUGGAAGUUCAUUCUGAUUUAGACCUUAUAAUUAUAGGUAAAACUGGGAAUGGAAAAAGUGCUACUGGAAAUUCAAUUCUGAGAGAACUAGAUGUAUUUAAAAGCGCGUACAACACGACUUCAAUUACUGACUUUCCACAAACAGGUAUUAUAAAGGUGGUUGAUUGUCCAGGUGUGUUAGAUACGGAUAUUGAUGAAACUGGUGCAGACGAACUUGUUAAAGAAGCUUUACAGUACGCUCUUUUAGCCAAUCCAUCAGGCUAUGACGCUUUUCUCAUUGUAGUCAAGUUCUCUCAACGUUUUACCAAGGAAGAACAAGAUUCUAUUAAAAUUCUCAAAAGGAUUUUGGGAAAAGAUGUCAUCAAAACCCACGGUAUUGUCGUAAUUUGCAACGGUGAUACUUUUGAACAUUUUUCAAAAACACAAGGGUUAACUAUUGAAGAAUUUUGUACACAACAAAAAGGAUAUUUUAAAAAACUUUUAAAAGAAUGCAAAAACAGAGUAAUUGUGUUCGAUAAUAUAACAGAAGAUGAAACUAUUAAAAACAAGCAAUUAGAAAUCUUAAUCAAAGCUGUUGACACUCUUAAAGCUAAUACUAGCAAGUACACAACACAACACUUUCAAAAAGCAAACGAUUUGACAGAAGCUAUCUCACGUGAAAAGAAAUUAUUUACUUAUCAAAGUUAA